UCUUGUCAAAUGUCGAACGAUUUCGCUUCCGAGUUCCGCUUCUGUUUGUGUUUAUAUAAACAAAUCGAACGUUUUUCUUAAAUAUCUAAGAAAAAAGUUACAAUUGUAACCUUUAACACGAAGCUGUGACCCUUUGGUCUAAUCUUAGAUGACUCUCGGACGAAAAUACCACAAUUGUUCCGGGAAUGCGGGGGACGCUCGUAAAGUGUACGCUGGCCAGUCGAAGGCCGGGACUCUCUCGGGGUGCUCAUCUUCUAUAUCUCUGUCAGAUAUGAUUGAGCCGCCAGACUACGAGGAGGUAUGCGACCGGCUGAUGGGGGAGCGGGACCCGCUGGCGUACCCCGCCGGCGACAUGGAGCUGCUGACCGUGCCGCGCCGCAUCCGCACCCGCUCGCACGUGCUGCCUCAGGAGGAGCUUAUGACGGCGCCGAUGUUCGUCCGCGACUGCAUCAGUUGCUACACGUCCGACUACACUGUGGUGGAGUACAAGUACCGCGCGUACUCCGGCUCGGCCAGCGGGCGUGAGAGGCUCGCCGAGCGGCUCGACAAGCUGCUCGCCGCGCCGCCGCAGCACUACGAGAUCGACGCGGAGCAUUCCGCUUCGAUGGAGGAGCUGGCUUCUCAGGCGCAAUUCAGUGAAUCACAACCGUCGAGCGGCCGCCAAUCAGUGGCAUCAAUUUCCUCUUCAUCAUCAUGCAACGAGACCCUCACUCCUCGGGGGUCUUGGGCCAGCCUCGACCUGCGCAGCUCGUCCUCGGAUCCCCUACUGCCCGACGUAUUCGAGAAGAAACCUCCAGAUCAGGUUGAUGCUACCAAUGAAGCCAAACGACUGGAGAACCGUCAAGCGGAUUUAUUGGGACUGUACGCGCCGUACCUCGAUGAGGAGGAAGCUGUUGAGAGGCGCUUGGCGGCGGAGAUGCCGUGCGAGUUGAUGGGGCACAGGAUCCUAGUGCAAUGCCAUCAGGUCAAAUUGGAACUGGACGUGGAGCCGCUGUUCGCAUCGAUGGCGCUCUACGACGCCAAAGAGAAGAAGAAGCUGUCAGAGAACUUCUACUUCAACCUGAACUCGGAGUGCACGCGGCAGAUGCUGGCGGCGCACGUGCCGCACGCCGACCCCUCGACGUUGAGCCGCAGCGCCGUGUUCGACUUGCUCAACCCCUCGCCCGACGUGUUCCUCGUGCUGAGGGUGGAGAAGGUGCUGCAGGGGGACGUCAACGAGUGUGUUGAACCGUACAUUAAGGACGACAAGAACCGCGAGAAGGUCCGCGCGGGAGCGGCGGCGGCGUGCGCGCGGCUGGGCCGGUACCGCAUGCCGCUGGCGUGGAGCGCCGUGUCGCUGCUCAACAUCCUCAGCGGCUCCAACAGCCUGGAGCGCGACCCGCCGCCCGACGCGCCCGCCUCCACCUCCAACACCAACAGCCUGGAUCGCAAAGCGUCAUCCAGCAGUCUGGAGCAGCUGCGGCGGCGCGCGGGCGAGGUGGGCGGCUCGCUGACGCGCAAGGGCUCCAUCGAGCGCCGCGCCGCCGCCGCGCCGCACGCCGACGACCUGGUGGCGCAUCUCGACAGCUUCAAGCCCAUCGUCAUCACUGUCACCAGCUUCUUCAAGCAGGAAACAGACAAGCUUCGAGAUGAAGACCUGUACAAAUUCCUAGCUGAGAUCAAGCGUCCCAGUUCAGCUCCCAAGAAGCUGAAGUGCAUACCCGGCACACUGAAGAUCGAAGUGUCGCCCUGUCCCGACGAGAUCAAGAACGGACUAACUCCAGAGCUGGCCAAGCUUGCGCCCUACAGCGAGGAGAAUGUGCGGCCGUGCAAGGAGAUCCUGCCGUUCCCGCUGGUGGCGCCCGCGCUGCCGCACGUGCAGUACCGCAACCUGCUGUUCCUCAACGUGCGCGAGCUCAACCUGUCGGCGUACGCGUCGCGCACCGCCUCCGCCAGGAACAUUACCGUCAGAGUUCAGUUGAUGUCCGGUGAGGAACAGUCGGCCGCUCUGCCCGCGAUAUUCGGCCGCAGCUCGUGUCCCGAGUUCAGCACAGAGGCUUACACCACCGUGCUGUAUCAUAACAAGAACCCGUCGCUGUACGACGAGAUAAAGCUGAAGCUGCCCGCCGACCUCGGCGACCAGCACCACCUGCUGUUCACGUUCCUGCACGUGUCGUGCCAGCGCAAGCCCGUCGCGCCCGAGCAGGAGAAGAGCGUCGAGACCACGCUGGGAUACUCGUGGCUCCCUCUGUGUCGCAACGGCAAGCUGACCUGCGGCGAGUUCAGCCUGCCCGUGAUGCAGGAGGAGCCGCCCGCCAACUACUCCUACAUCUUCCCCGACGUCCUGCUGCCCGGCACGCGGUGGAUCGACAACCAUAAACCCAUCUUCAAUAUUACCCUGGACGCGUACACUACCGUUCAUCCGCAAGACGGCUACAUCGAGAGGUUCGUGUUGGCGUGCGAGGCGGUGCAGGAGGGAAACAUUCCGCCGAGAAUCGGACUCGCCAAUAUGGAAACUGAAUUGAGGGCCAGCAUAUCGGAGCUGCCGACCGCCAACGUGGAGGCGCUGGCGCGAUACCUGCCCGUGGUGGCGGACAAGCUGCUGCAGCUGCUGGUGGCGCCGCCGUCGCUGGCCGGCGUCACGCUGAACAUCGCGCAGGACGUGUUCACCUGCCUCGCGCACCUCUUCACCGACAUCACUAAUAUGAAUGAAGGCGCCACGUGCGACGCGCACGGGCGCAGCGGGCUCAUCACCAGCUACAUCCAGUACCAGUGCCGCAUCCCGCGACCCGCGCUCUCCGACCGAGACAUCGGCCUGCCGCUGCCGCCUUCCGUUCUGACGGACGGCUCGUGCAAGAUACUUCACGAGGAGUUGGCCUUGCAGUGGGUCGUGGCGAGCGGCGCCACCAGGGAUCUGGCUAUGCAGAAUUCUUGGGCCUUGUUCGAGUUGAUGGUGAAGUCCAUGGUGGAGUACCUGUACUGGAGCGGCGCGCACGAGGCGCCGCGCAAGGCGCGCUUCCCCGACCAGUUCACGGACGACCUCAGCACGCUCGUCAACAACGUCACCGCGGAGAUCAUCUCCAAAUACGGCAAGAACAGUCGGCUGACGCAGAGCCUCAACAACAGCCUGGCGUUCUUCCUGUUCGACCUGCUGAGCGUGGUGGACCGCGGGUACGUGUUCAACCUCGUGCGCGGCUACCACAAGCAGAUGUGCGCCAAGAUCGCCUCGCUGCCCGACGCCGUGCCUCUGGUGCAUUACAAGCUGUCGUUUCUCCGCAUCGUGUGCUCGCACGAGCACUACGUGUCGCUGUGCCUGCCGGGCGGCGCGGGCGGCGCGGCGUCGCCGGCGCCCUCGGCCCGCUCCGGCGGCUCGGAGGACGGCCGCCGCAAGCCCACGGCGCUGUCCGGCGAGUUCCGCUCCCGGCACUACCUGGCGGGGCUGCUGCUCGCCGACCUCACCGCCGCCCUCGACUUGCAGAGUCCAGUGCUGCAGUGCGCGGCGGUGAACGCCGUGCUGUCGCUGCUGACGGCGCACGACGCGGACCCGCGACUGUCGCAGCCGGACGUGAAGGCGCGCGUCGCGGCGCUCUACAUGCCGCUGCUCGGCAUCGUCAUGGACGCGCAGCCGCAGCUGUAUCGGGGGUUCGACAGCGGAAAAGAAAUACUGCAACUGGAUGGAGAAAUGAGUCAGUUUGGAAGUAUGUACGCACCAUCUUCGCCCGAAGAUUUCAAACAGAACGGACGUCCGCCAUUCAACAGCGAGACAAGUCGCAACUUGCUGAUGUGUCUGGUGUGGCUGCUCAAGUGGAGCGAGCGCGGCGCGCUGGCGGCGGCGGUGGCCGAGCUGCGGCCCGCCAGGCUGCACUGCUUGCUGGCCCUCAUCGACUUGUGCUUCAAGUGUCAGGAGUAUAAGGGCCGUAAAGAAAUAAUGAAGUGCGCUCAACAGAACGUGCGCAAGACGACGGACAUCAAAGCCAAACUAGAGGACGUUAUUCUGGGACAGGGCUCCGCGCGCUCUGACUUCAUUAUGCGACGCAAAGGCGGGUCGAGCGGCAGAGGCGGCGCGGGCCGCGAGCGCUGGCGCAAGGAGUGGGUGCGCGGCGCGUCCCGCUCGCGCCCCGCAUCGCCCGCGCGCCCGCAGCCCGCGCUGUCCGCCGCGCUGUCGGCCGAGGUGGCGCUCACGCUGCUGCACGCGCUCGAGACCAUCGUGCAGUCGUGCAGCGGGCUGGAAGGUGGGCAGCAGGCGUGCAGCGGCGCGCUGGCGGUGCUGCUGCGCGCGCUGCAGCGCAACCAGAGCGCGACCGUGCUGCAGCACAUGUUCGCUUCCGUGCGCGCGCUCAUACUGAAGCUGGGCUGGUCGUGGUGCUCGGAGGAGGCCGGUCCGGGCACGUGCCGCGUGCUGCUGCGGCACUGCGCCGCGCUGUGCGGCAGCACGCGCGCGCACGCCGCCGCCGCGCUCUACGCGCUCAUGCGCCAUCAUUACCAUCUCGGCAAUAACUUCAGCCGGGUGAAGAUGCAGGUGACGAUGUCGCUGUCGUCGCUGGUGGGCACGUCCACCACGUUCAGCGAGGAGUCGCUGCGGCGCGCGCUCAAGACCGUGCUGCUGUACGCCGAGCACGACCAGGACCUGCAGGACACCAACUUCCCCGAGCAGGUGAAAGACCUGGUGUUCAAUCUUCACAUGAUCCUGAGCGAUACCGUGAAGAUGAAGGAGUUCCAAGAAGACCCCGAGAUGCUGCUGGACCUGAUGCACCGCAUCGCGCGCGGCUACCAGCACAGCCCCGACCUGCGGCUCACCUGGCUCAGCAACAUGGCACAGAAGCAUAUGGAGCGCUCGAACCACCUGGAGGCGGGCAUGUGCCUGGUGCACGGCGCGGCGCUGGUGGCGGAGCAGCUGCGCGCGGGCGGGCGCGGCGCGGCGCUGCUGCAGCGCGUCACGCACAACGCGCUGGACGAGAGUUGCGCCGACCCGCUUCACCACCACCUCACCGCCAACGAGCUGCAGGCGCUGCUGGAGCACGCGGCCGGCGAGCUGAUGACGGCCGGCAUGUACGAGACCGUCAACGAGGUGUACAAGGUGCUGCUGCCCAUCGCCGAGGACAACCGCGACUACAAGAAGCUCGCCAACAUACACGGCAAACUGAACGAAGCGUUCACCCGCAUAGAGCAGCUGCACGGCAAGCGUGUGUUCGGCACGUACUUCCGCGUGUCGUUCUACGGCGCGCGCUUCGGCGACCUGGCCGGCGAGGAGUUCGUGUACAAAGAGCACGCGCUCACCAAGCUGCCCGAGAUCUUCAGCCGGCUCGAGAAUUUCUACGGGCAGCGCUUUGGCGCUGACAACGUGGUGAUCAUCAAGGACUCCAACGUGGUGGACGUGAGCGCGCUGGAGCCGGACAAGGCGUACAUACAGAUCACGUACGUGGAGCCGUACUUCGAGCCGCACGAGCUGCGCACGCGCCUCACGCACUACGAGCGCAACUACAACAUCAAGCGCUUCAUGUACGCGACGCCGUUCACGGCGGGCGGGCGCGCGCACGGCGAGCUGGGCGAGCAGUGCAAGCGCAAGACGGUGCUCACCACCGCGCACCACUUCCCCUACGUCAAGACCAGGAUACAGGUGGUGCAACGUACACAAAUUAUACUGACGCCUAUAGAAGUAGCCAUUGAGGACAUACAGAAGAAGAUUAACGAAUUGGCUGCGGCGACCAGUCAGGAACCACCUGAUCCGAAAAUGCUUCAGAUGGUUCUACAAGGAUGUAUUGGCACUACGGUCAACCAGGGUCCGUUGGAGUUGGCACAGGUGUUCCUGGCGCCGGUGGUGGAGGGCACGCAGCCGCCCACCAGACUCACCAACAAACUCAGACUCGCCUUUAAGGACUUCUCCAAGAAGUGUCACGACGCGCUGCGCAAGAACAAGAACCUGAUCAGCAGCGAACAGCGCGAGUACCAGCGCGAGCUCGAGCGCAACUUCCAGCGGUUCACGGAGCGCCUCGCGCCGCUCAUCCACGCCACGCCGUCGCAUGUCGCGCACCUCACAAACGGCAUGACCAAGGUCGACUACAAAUUACAAGCUUAGAUACCACCGCACCACCACAAAGUUGGGAAGUUAUACCCCCGUGCCUCGGAGGGCACGUCAAGCAUUUGCCCACCAAUCCUUUACAAGAUGAAAGUCUUGGGUUCGACCCCGGCGGGCUGAUUGAGGUUUGCUUACCACCCUACCGGCAAACACGCAUUGCCAAGUGAUUUAGCGUUCUAAUACGAUGUCGAGUAGAAACCGAAAUUGGUGUGAACCUCAUCCUCUUACCAAGUAUACCGCUUUCAUCUUAGAUUGUAAAGAAUAAAAAAAAGCCCUCCUUGGAACAGAGUGUUGAUUCAAAGUUCCAAAUCACCUAUUCUCUAUGAGGCUUAACUUUUUUUUUUAAUCUUUACAAGUUAACCCCUGACUACAAUCUCACCUGAUGGUAAGUGGUGAUGCAAUGUAAGAUGGAAGCGGGCUAACUUGUUAGGCAGAGGAUGAAAAUCCACACCCCUUUCGGUUUGAAAUGGGCUAUUCAAAAUAAGUAUGAUGAAUGUGAUUUUUGAAUCUAUUGUUGCAUUUAUUUUGCGGCACUUUAAAUGUAGUAUUAAUAAUAAAAAUAUUGAUUGACUAUGUUAGAUACUGUAGGUUUUAUUCGCUACUGUACACAAGUAUUCCUGAAAUACAAUAUAUUAUAUUAUGUAGAAGUUGUAGCAAAUGUACUAUAUUAUAUUUAUCUUCAGUAUUUUCGUGUAAUUUUCUUCAUAAGUUUAGAUCUGUUGAUAUGUGUCACAUUCAUAGAAGUGUAUAGGGGGGGGGGGAUGCUGCAGUAACGAAAUUUUUUGAUAUGAUUGCUAUUACCAUUAGUAAUUACGGUGGAUCUUUAAAACCUGCUACCUCCCAAAGUCACGACGGUCCAAACUCCAUAAUUGGCUACUGUACUUACUUAUGGUAGGAGCAUGAGCUGACAAACUUUGACCUUUUAUAGAAUGACGAAGGUCUGAGAUUCACGGGCUCUCUGUCUAUAAGAUAUAGUUGACAUAUCUCAGGAUAUCUCACUGCACUCAUGCUAGCUAGCCAUGCUGAAAUAAAACAUACUGUGAGAACAUUUUGUCAGGUUGUAUUUGAAAUUAGCUAAGUUAAUUUAUUUGUUUAAAAAUGUAUCAUAAAAUAAUAGAUUUAGGUUUAAGAAGACCAAACUUAUCGGUACUUUAAGUACUUAUAUUAUGUUAAUAGGCAAAACAUACUGACCGUCGUCUGCGCGGUACAGCUCCCCUAGCCAAGUGGCACGUCUAUUCUCUUUCUACGCGAUCGCUAACGCUUCGAAAACUAGAAAAAUGUAUGGGAAUGAGAUUUGCUAUCGACAGGUCACGUGAUCAAGAUCUGUCAUUCCCAUACAUUUUUCUAGUUUUCGAAGCGUUAGCGAUCGUAGAAAGAGAAUCGACGUGUCACUUGGCUAUGGGGGCUGGAGUGCAAGGGUGUGAAGACAGAGGAGAGAGGGUACAGCAGCACUCUUCAUUCAUUCUUUGUCAGCCGCGUGUGCCCUAAAACCACAAACGCCGCCACCUAAAGCGGCGUUUUAAAGCGUUGAUAUAAAAAGUAUGAAAAUUACAGAAGACGCCAAUUUGUAGCCGUGGGCUGUGGCGCACCUCUCGCUAUCCUCAAACGUCACACCCCGCAUAUACAGUGCCCGCCACGAGAUAUUGUGUUUGUGAAGUUAGCAACAAAUGACUGCGCAUUGAAUCACAAACGGCGCGGACGGGGAGUGUUCGCGUCUGUUCGAAUGCGCUUACUCAUUUUGCAGCUAACUUCACAAACUAAAGAUCCGUGGCGAGCACUGUACCUACUGCGCGGAUGAGGACUGUGCGCUUAGGGUCGAAUUAUAUACUAGCGAAGCGUUGAAAUACACUGAUGGACGUUAAUUGAGACCUGUGGUCUUAGUCUUGUAGGUAUAAAAUGCUUUUAAUUUUUAUAGGAUGUUGAAGAAAAAACUCAGAAUCAAGAAAAUUAAAGAGAAAUUUUCAUGAAUAUAAAUCCUAAAAUAGAUGCUUGGUUGUGCAAUAUCGCUCGCACCAAAAAUAAUCGUCUUCCAACGAAUGUACGCGUCUUUGUUUUUACCUCAAGAGGAAUAUGUGCAUUCAAGAAGUGCAUUCAGGAAGAUGAGCUGAUUCAAAAAAAAACAUCCUGUAAAAAAAUGUAUGAAAUUGAAAUGUUGAGAUAAGGGGCGUGAUUUGCAUGUUGAGUUUUGGAUAAUUUCGACUCCACGCUAGUAUGAAAUGACCCUUGCAAAUUACCUACUGCUGAAUAUUUUUGUACUUACCUAGUUAAAAUGUCCCCGUCCUAAAAUAGCAGGAACAAUUGAGCAACUUUCUAAUCUAGGAUUAGAAUUGCAUCAAUAUUGUGGCAAUUCCAAUCCUAGAUCAGCCUAGGCACUUAGCGAGCUUCACAUAGCAUAUCUGAAAUAAAUAAAUCUGUGGUUUCAUUUCUUCAUAAUAAAGUAAUGAUUCAUA